CGUAAUGUGCGUUUACAGCAGCCGUCAUGGAUCUCGUCACAGCCGAUCUGGGCAGAGAGCCUGCCAACAUUCUGAUGUUGCCUCCUGAACUCCUGGAGGCGAUCAUCAGCUAUCUUUCAUAUGAGACCGCCUCCAACAUCCGGCUGGUGUGCCGCACGUUCGAGCGCGCCAUCCGGCACCGGCUGAACCAGGGCUUCUCGCGCGCCGAGCGGUAUGUGCAACAGGCGCUGAAGCUGUUCCGCGCCCAGCUGCCGCGCCGCGAGUCGGAGCGGCGCGAGCACCCGCUCUCGCGGCGCGUGGAGCACCUGGCCGCCGUCGAGACGCGCCUCGGCUUGCUCAGCAUGACCUCGACCUACCGCCGCUACAUGGAGAUGGACGCGUGCUGCUUCAUUCCGGGCAAGGUGCUGGACGAAGUGUUCCGGGUGGUGCGCUACCUGAAGGAGGCGCCCUCGGUGGAGCGCUCGUCCUUCACCGUGCUGCAGGAGCUGCGUGACAUCUCCUCCAUGGCCAUGGAGCACUUCGAGGAACACAUCGUGCCCGGCCUGAAGCGGAACGAGGCCCGGCCGCGGCCGCUCUCGCUGCUCAGCCUGUUCUCCGGCGGUGCCAGCAGCGCCGACGGCGGCGCGUCGUCGGAUAACACCUGGCCCAGUCUGUGUGUGAGCGACCUGCUGACCUCGUCCCUCUGCAGACGGCGGCGCUCCGUCGGGUGA